UGCUUGUCAACGCGUCAAAGUGGAGUAGGUCGAUUCAUCCGAAUAGCCUCUCCUGAGAUCCUCCUAUAUACCUGCGGUAUGGUGUGCCUAUAUUCUGCUGCUGCUAUCAACUUAGCCAUACCAAGGCUGUUCGGGGCUAUCAUCAACCUAGUAUCGGUGCCCUCUACCAUGAUCCCUGCUGCUGACAAGCGUGCUCGCCUCAACGAGGAGGCUAUGGAGCUGCUCAUCUGUCUGGUGUUAUCGAAUGUCUUCAGUGGAGGUAGAGCGGCUUACCUUAGUGUUGCCGGAGAGCGCAUUGUAGCCCGACUAAGGAAGGACCUCUUCUCCAACCUUCUGCAUCAAGAGGUUGCCAUGUAUGAUGAGACGAAGUCAGGCGAGCUCACCAGUAGACUUUCCAACGACGUUACGACCCUACAAGAUGCCUUGACCGUGAACCUCUCUGUGGGUGUCCGCUCUCUGGCCGCCGUAAUUGGUGGUACCAUCAUCCUCUUCGUGAUAUCUACUCGAUUAACUCUUGUAAGUGGCGAAAGAUCGGCCUGGCGUAGUCCUGUCGUGGUUUAUGCUGGCAGGCAGUGUUAG